AGAGAGAGAGAGAGAUGGAUUACUCAACUACGUUGCUGUGGACAUUGAUGGUGUGGGCAUGCAUCCAUCUUCUCUUUCUUGCAAGAAAAAGAUCAGCUACUUCCAAUGGCAAGCUUCCACCAGGUCCCAUCCCACUUCCCAUUGUAGGAAACAUCCUCAAAAUCGGUAGAAAACCCAACGAGUCACUCACUCAGCUCGCCAAGACGUAUGGCCCACUAAUGACACUUAAGCUGGGCUCCAUAACUACCGUCGUUGUUUCAUCAUCAAUCAUAGCUAAAGAAGUCCUCCAUAAGAAUGAUCAAUCCUUCUCGGGUCGAAUCACGGUCGAUGCCGUUCGUGCACUCAACUACCAUCAGUCAUCAAUCGUGUGGUCACAACCAACCACACGCUGGCGAAAGCUACGAACGAUAUGUAACACACAAAUGUUCACCACUGCAAGACUCGCCGCCAACCAAGGCCUUCGACACAAGAAAAUGCAAGAUCUCAUCGCUCACAUCCAUGAGUAUCAGCUAGCAGGACGAGCAGUUGAUAUUGGCCAAGCCACCUUCACUACCACCCUCAACUUGACUUCCAACACAGUCUUCUCUGUCGAUUUGGUCGAUCCCAACUCCAAAUCAGCACAAGAUUUUAAGAAUCUAGUGUGGGAAUUUAUGAAAGAUGGUGCUAGGCCGAAUAUCGUGGACUAUUUUCCAUUUCUAAGGCGAAUGGACCCACAAGGCAUCAGGCAUCGUGUGACUGCUAAUCUCAAGAAAUUGUAUGUGAUUUUCGAUCAAUUGAUCGACGAACGAAUGUUGUCUAUGUCGUCUAAUUCUCCUAGAAGAAAUGAUUUCCUCGAUGUGCUUCUCAAUCAAAAAGAUGAGAACGGCUUCGAACUUGGCCGUCAUGAUAUCAAGCCUAUACUUACGGAUAUAUUUAUUGCCGGAACUGAAACAAGCUCGACCGCUGUAGAAUGGGCCAUGGCAGAGUUGCUCCACAACCCAAAUGCCAUGGCAAAGGCUCGAUUUGAACUUAAGGAGACCAUUGGCUUGGGACAACAGGUAGAAGAGUCAGACAUCAUCCGUCUCCCAUAUCUACAAGCGGUUGUGAAAGAGACCUUGCGUUUGCAUCCACCGGCUCCGCUCUUUCCUCGCAGAACCAUAGCUGAUGUGGAAAUCCAUGGUUUUUCCAUACCCAAGAACACUUGGGCUGCCAUGAAUGUGUGGGCCAUAGGGAGAGAUCCAGAUGUUUGGGCCGAUCCGUCGUCCUUCUUUCCUGAGAGGUUCUUAGGCAGUGACAUUGACUUCAAAGGUCAAGAUUUUGAGCUCAUACCAUUUGGAUCAGGCCGGAGGAUUUGUCCAGGCUUACCACUUGCAUUUAGGAUGGUCCACCUAAUAUUGGCAUCUUUCCUUCAUUCAUUCAACUGGAAACUUCCUAAUGGGAUGAUGCCUCAAGAUAUGGACAUGAACUCUAAGUUUGGCAUAACCCUACAAUUGGCAACCCCUCUUCUUGCAAUCCCUACCCUAGAUGGCUAAAAUUGCCUUAGAUGAAUAUGUCUUAUUUAGUUUCUAAUUCUCACCUCACAUGUGGUUGAACUAUCAUGAAAGUUGGACCAAGAAUCUUGGGGCCACACCAUGGAUGUUCCUUGGUGAAAAA